UCCACAACCAACCAGGACACAUAAAUACACAAAAGCCAACCAGGAUACAUAAGCACCAAGAUGAUAUCGAAAUCAGAACAAAAAGACUUACAUCUACUCACCAUGUCUACGCCGAAUGGCAAGAAGGUACAGAUAGCAUUAGAAGAGCUUAAGUUGGUUUAUGAUGACAUCUCUUUUUCCCAUGAGAUGAUCGAUAUCAGAACAAACCAACAAAAAUCCGAAGAGUUUUUGAAGGUCAAUCCAAAUGGUCGAAUUCCCGCUUUGAUUGAUAACAAGUGCAAAGCGCUCAACGACCCGUCUGCGCCCUUCACAGUGAUGGAAAGCGCCGCCAUCUUGCUGUACUUGGCCAAGAAAGUCGAUAAAAACCACGUCUUCGGAUUCGAAGACGAUCUAGAGCGCUCCGAGGCAUUACAGUGGCUGUUCUUCGGGAUGGCUGGCGUUGGUCCGAUGCAAGGACAAUUAAAUCAUUUCACCCGUUACGCGCCCGAAAAACUGCCUUACGCCAUGAAACGCUAUCAUGACGAAACCCUCAGAUUGUAUGGUGUCUUAGAAAUCCAAUUAAGUGGCAAAUACACUGGGGUCAAAAAGAAAUAUUUGGCCGGCAAGGGAGAAGGGAAAUACUCGUGGGCAGACAUGGCCAUUUGGCCAUGGGUUGACAUUUACACCAUAUCAGGUAUCACCGACGAUGAAAUGAACCAAUUUCCUUGCUUGAUGGAGUGGCUCAAAUCGAUCCGCGAGAGACCCGGUGUGAAAGAAGGUUGCUCAAGCAAGUACGACUUAAAAUAAUCUUGGAGGAUGAUUAUCUUAGCAGAACGUCUCGCCUACCUGAGGGCUGGAGGACUGAACUAUCACUAUCCCGACCAAGAAAAGAUAUCGCAAAAGAAGUUCAUUUGGUCUGUUAAAUUAUGCUACCCCCAUCACUUUUGUAAACAAAGUGUCUCAGUUGUGUUGUCAACACAACAUGACUGUUGGCAAGACUGCAUCACAUUGGUAAACCCGGUGCUAAAGGUAUUGAUAUUACUUGAAUUAAAAGAAAAAAUCACGCUGUUCUAUCAAUCAUGUAGUAGGUAGAACAUUUCUGUACCUCCUACAUAUAUCACGUUGUACUUAACCCUGCUUUGAAAUAAGAAGUUAUCCCUGAAAUGAAAAAGUGUUCUGAGUCAAC